AUGAUCUCUACCGAACAUGUCCUCGGGCAGCCUGAGACCCAUAUCCACCGACGAUCCACAUCCCUAGCGCCGCGGGUGCAGCCACGAUUCAAGAAUCUCAUCAUCUCCAAUAUUCGAAUAUUGUGGCGGACGAUUUCCAUAUCCAUAACUCGAACCAGGCUGAUUUCCACCAUAUCCCGCCACAAACUCAUGACCAUGACUUUGUCCCAGAAGACUGAACCGCUCAGCAAUCCGAUCCACCUCCGUAUCACCACCCGAAACAAUCGCCGUGGGUUCCUCCGGAUCCGCAAGUUCCGCAAUCGCAGUCGAGUAAAUGGAGCGAAAGAUCAGUUCGAAAAGAAGUUCGCUGAGAUGCCCGACGAAGAUGAUUGA